AUGGCGCAGCCGUCGCAGGAGGCGAUCGAAACUUUCAUCAGCAUCACCGGCGCCGACGAGGCUGUCGCUGCCCGCAAGCUCGAGGAGCAUAGCGGUGACCUAAAUGAAGCGGUGAAUGCAUACUUCAAUGAAGGAGAUAGAUCCACCACCAGAAUCAAUCAGAAUCCUAUACCUGACAGUCAUGAUGAUAUUAUGGAUCUGGACGAACCAUUUGAUCCUAUGUUUAGCCGAUCUAUGGGCAACCCUUUUGGUAUUUUGGACCCAAGUUUUGUUGAGAGAGCCGCUGCUGGUUUCUUUGGUCAGGGACCUCAGGUUACACAUCCCAGGGAUGUGCGGCAGAUACCUAUUGAAGUUAAAGACACUGAUAAUCCUCAAAUUGGAAGUUCUGGUCAGGGUCCUGUUAUUGAAGAUGUUACUGGACGUGAGUCUUCAUAUGGUCUGGAGGUUCAUGGGACUGUUGUCAUUGAUGAGGAUGAUGAUGACUUGCCAUCUACCCAUGCUCCUGUUAUCCCAAGAAAUACUCCAAGCACAUACAAUUCUGCACCAAGUGCUCCUCCAUUGGUGGAUGUUAGUGACUAUAACAAUGACAUAGAAGAGGAGAUGAUCCGUGCAGCAAUUGAAGCAUCAAAAAGGGAUGCAGAAGGACUUACAAAUGUAGCAGAGCGAGAGAGAGUUCUACUUCAAGAGGGAAUGCAUGCGGUUGAUAAUUCUUCUGAUUUAUCUGAUAAGGAGGACAUUGAAGGAGCAAGUGAGGCAGUUGAAAGGAAAGUACUAACCACAGGGCAAGCUGGAACUUCUAGGCAAUUGGUUGAUGAAGAGAACUUCCAAGACGAUAUUGAAGAUGUUGACGAAGAACCUUUAGUUAGACAACGUUCUAGGCGUGUUCUAUCUGGAACUGUCGGGCCAACAGAAGCAGUGCAAAGGGCUGACAGUCCUCCCUCGGGCCCUCAUUCUCAUGGUACUGAAAAUGCUCACCAGCAUAAUGGAGCUUUCCCCUCAGAGUGGGGAGGCAUUUCUUCUGAAGAGCACGAUGAAGCUGUUAUGCUUGAGGCUGCUAUGUUUGGUGGGAUUCCUGAACACACAGAAUAUCCAUUUCCCCUCCCAUCUCAUGGAAUCUCAACUGGCUAUCCCCGAGUAGCACAUCCUCCAUCACCAACAUUAACUGCACAGAGGUUGUUAAGGGAGCAGCAGGAUGAUGAGUAUCUUGCAGCCCUCCAAGCUGAUAGAGAAAAAGAGUUGAAGGCUGUGGAGGAUGCUGAGCUCCGUAGAUUAGAAGAAGUUGCUGCAAGAGAAGCUGCUAUUGAAAUGGAAAAGCAAAAGAACGAGGAAAAGCUGAGAAAACAACUUGAGGAAGAGGAGUUGGAGUCCAUGCUUGCAGCCAAGCGAACAUCAUUACCAAAGGAGCCACUGCCAAAUGCUGAAGGAGCCGUCACAGUUGUAGUUCGCAUGCCUGAUGGUAGUCGCCAGGGAAGGCGCUUUUUGAAAUCUGACCAGCUCCAGGCCCUUUUUGAUUUCAUUGACAUCAGCAAGACAUUCAAGCCUGGAACCUAUAGACUGGUGAGAUCUUACCCCAGGCGUGCAUUCACCGACGAGGAGUGUCAGAUGUCGUUGAGUGAUCGGGAGGGGAGGCUGUUGAUGAUGCCCAUGGUGCUGCACGCGCAGUCGCGCGAGAUGGAGCUCAGCGCGCUGCAGCAGUCGGCGCUGGGGUCGGCCGCGCCGGGCACCAGUGUUUAUAAGAAUAUAAUGCUGCCUAAGUUAGAUACUUUUGUUUUGCUUACAAAUGAAGGACCCAACAUGGACAAGAAGGAUGAACACUGGAGCAUGAUCAAGCAUGAAGAUGAUGGCGCGCGCAAAGGGAACAAGAACAUAGUUUCUGGUAAAGUUUUCAGCAUUUUGGAGCCACCAUGA